GUCACAGGGCUGAAUACAUGACAACAAGGCCUCCAAAUCUUCCCCCUAAGCCCCAGAAACACAGGAAGCCCAGACCCCGAUCACAGUAUAGUGCUAAGUUGUUUAAUGGUGAUUUGGAGUCAUUCAUCAAGGAUUCAGGACAAAUCAUUCCUCUCAUUGUGGAAAGCUGUAUCAGAUUUAUCAAUUUAUACGGUCUUCAGCAUCAGGGAAUUUUCAGAGUGUCUGGUUCCCAGGUGGAAGUCAAUGAUAUUAAAAAUUCAUUUGAGAGAGGUGAAAAUCCUUUGGCAGAUGACCAAAGUAACCAUGACAUUAACUCAGUUGCUGGAGUACUGAAGCUCUAUUUCCGAGGGCUGGAAAAUCCUGUCUUUCCUAAGGAAAGAUUUAAUGAUCUUAUUUCUUGUAUCAGAAUAGACAAUCUCUAUGAGAGGGCUCUUCACAUCCGCAAACUCCUCCUUACUUUGCCGAGGUCGGUCCUUAUAGUGAUGAGAUACCUCUUCGCCUUCCUCAACCACCUUUCACAGUACAGUGAUGAAAACAUGAUGGAUCCGUACAACCUGGCCAUUUGUUUUGGGCCAACCCUGAUGCCUGUUCCAGACAUACAAGACCAGGUGUCUUGUCAGGCCCAUGUGAAUGAGAUAAUCAAAACUAUCAUCAUCCAUCACGAGGCUAUUUUUCCAGAUGCUAAAGAACUUGAUGGGCCAGUGUAUGAAAAAUGCAUGGCUGGAGAUGACUACUGUGACAGCCCAUACAGCGAACAUGGUACCUUAGAGGAAGUGGACCAGGAUGCUAGCACAGAGCCCCAUACCAGUGAAGACGAGUGCGAGCCCAUAGAAGCUAUAGCCAAGUUUGACUAUGUCGGAAGAUCUGCACGAGAACUGUCUUUCAAGAAAGGAGCUUCCCUUCUGCUCUAUCACCGAGCAUCUGAAGACUGGUGGGAAGGAAGGCACAAUGGAAUUGAUGGCCUUGUGCCUCACCAGUACAUAGUGGUGCAGGAUAUGGAUGAUACUUUCUCAGAUACACUGAGCCAAAAAGCAGACAGCGAGGCCAGCAGUGGACCCAUAACCGAGGACAAGUCAUCAUCAAAGGACAUGAACUCUCCCACCGACCGUCACUCUGACGUGUACUUAGGAAGGCAAAGAAAGAGAUCAGAACCUCCACCUCCUCUAAGACGCCCCGGCAGGAGCAGUGAUGGUCACUGCCCAGUACACCCACCUCACCCUCUCUCCAACUCCUCCAUGGAACUAGGUUCUCCCAACCUGGCAACUCACUGCAGUCCCAGAGCCCUCCUUCAAAAUCGCAACCUCAAUGCCGACAGCCCUGAAAGGAGGCGUAGACCUGGACAUGGCAGUCUGACUAACAUCAGUAGGCACGAUUCUCUGAAGAAGGUUGAUAGCCCUCCAAUUAGAAGAUCGACAUCAUCUGGUCAGUACACAGGUUUCAAUGACCAUAAGCCACUGGACCCAGAGACAAUAGCUCAGGACAUCGAGGAGACAAUGAACACGGCACUGAACGAGCUCCGUGAGCUGGAGCGGCAGAGCUCGGCGAAGCACGCCCCCGAUGUCGUGUUGGACACCUUGGAACAAAUGAAAAACACCCCCACCCCUGCCACCUCCACGGAGUCGCUCAGCCCUCUCCACAGCGUCGUUUUAAGGAGCUCCGAGCCUCAGAUCCGCCGUAGCACUAGUUCUUCCAGUGACACCAUGAGUACUUUCAAGCCCAUGGUGGCCCCUAGAAUGGGAGUGCAGCUGAAACCUCCUGCUCUUAGGCCAAAACCUAUUGUUCUUCCAAAAACAAACCCUAGCAUAGGGCCUUCCCCUCCUUCCCAGGGUCCAGCUGACAAAUCUUGCACAAUGUAGACAGCUCAGCCACCCACAGUGCCCGGCUGGGGGAUGCUAGGGAAAGGGAUGGAUUAACGAUAGAAGUCAGGGCUCCAUAACAUCGUUUGUUCAUGUUUGUAACUGGAGAGGCUUUGUUUUUCAGUGUUUUUGAAUGUAUUGUCUGAAACUAGCUUAACAUGGGCAUUUGUAUUUUGUAUGGUUUCAAUUAAAAGAAAAACUGGACAAUUGUGCAUCGUUUUAAAAAACAAACAUAGACUUACUUGAAAACUUGAUGCUGCACCGUUUGUAAUAAAACUGACACGGACCACAAACAGCUUGCCACAUCGUACCAUACUUCACAGUCUUACCGUAGCUAUAUAAUAACAGACCCUGCACAAAACUAAGGGGCGGGAGGGUCAGGGGAGGUGGGACCUCUCAUUCUCUGGGUCACCAAACCAAAUCUUAAGCAGGUUAGUAAGAGCUGAAAUCUAGCAUGUGAGGAUUAAGUGUCUGUGUGGAAUGUCUAAGUCAUCUCAGGCCACAUUUCUUAUUUAAGACACACCAAAAAAAAUCCACCAAACCCUCACAACUCUCACAGUUGGCACCAAGUUUUAGCUUUCUUGUUGGCAGUCUCACAGCACUGGAUGGGACUAGAGACCACAUUGCUCUCACUGGUAAAAAGCAGCAUUCCAGGUCACAGCUAAAGCACAUCUCCAGGAUAGUAUCUAGAAACUCCUUUUACUGUCCUCUGUAAUAGUGUACCUUUUCCCAUGAAGCCAGACCUUCAUUCCUUGAUACCACAUUUUUCACAAAAGCUAAAUUCAUUUAAAGUUCAUAGUUGAGCGAGCCAGGCUCUGGGGAGUACGUGAAUCUGUUGGU